AUGUUCCACUCGAGGAAGUCUCGCGAGAGCCGUUCAAUAGAUUCUGGUGCAUUAGCUGCUGCUUCUGCGAUUGGGAAGGCGUUAGAUGCUAGUGGGACCAAGGUAAAUGCCGAAAGGUUACCUCGAUACAAUAGCUUCUCUCGCUCUAACUCGAUGAUUCGAACUACGUCGAUGAGCAGCCGUAGCGGAAGUCUAAGAUCAAACAAAAAUGGAGCACGGUCGUCUAGUUUACAGCUUGGAACAAGCAGGAACAAGAAUAGAGAGAGUAUUAUCGACGAAAGUGAAUUUUUCGAUGCAGAAGAUACGUUCCAUGCAUUUGGAGGUGCCCCCGCACCAAGUAGACGAGCUACAAUGAAAAAAUAUGUACCGGGCCCAAACGGACUGGUGGCUGUUGAGGUUCCAAUUAUAGAAAAUGCCCAUCAGAAAAAGCGAGGCUCUAAGAUAAGAAGGUCAACAUCUAUGACGAGUGGUAUGCAAGUGCGCAACAACUCCCUCGGAAGAAAGUCAUCUUCUGGAUCCUUGACUUCCAAUAGUAGUCAAAAAGGUGGCCAAGUUCGUCGUACAUCGAUGGAGACUCAAAAACGUCAUACAAUCGAUGUUCAGAAGGGCACCAAACCACUAGUCGAACAAUUCGUCAAGGAGGAAACCGAUGAGCAACUGGAGGAAGAAAAAAAGGAGGCUAUUAAGCCUAUAGUCAUCCCUCCUUCUCCAGGUAAGCAAGAUACUACUUUUAAGCGCUUUGGGAGGAACGAAGAUGUCAUUGAGAAGCAGCACGAAGUGAAUGAGCUAUUAGAGAAAGCUGUCGGUAUUGAGAAUGAGAUAAUUACGGAAGAACAAGAACUACAGACACAAUCAGCACCAGUUGUGUUAAUUAACCCACCGGAACAAGAAUUCAAGGAGGAGAAAAGUAAACCUGUUAGUCAAGGUACAGAUUCAAAAACUCCAGAUGACAUUAAUGCAAUGGAAAGCGUCUCUGAAAAGACUACUGCUGUUCCUGGAGAUGUGGACAUAUCUCCUGAGUUAGCUAGUACAGAAAUUCCAGCAAUUGAGGUUAUUACCGAUGAUACCACACCAGUUGAAGAUUUGUCGGGAACUGCGAAUGAUUCUGUCAAGAGUGGUGAAAUUAAUGCAAACAAUUCAGAAACUACUACCUCCACAAAAUCCGAGUUAUCUAUGCCAGGUAUAUCUAAGCCUAAUGUUGCAAAAGAACAGGGCGGGAAGAUUGAUAAAAAACUGAAUUCAGGCAGCAGCAUGGCCCAAUAUAUCCGCUCUGCAAAUCAAUAUCUCAAUAAGGGACACGAAAACGUCACAAAUGCCCACUCUAAAGAGUCUUUACCCGCUAAUGAUAUUCCGGAAUUGGGGACUAAAAAGGAACAAGUUGCAAAACCUGCUCCUUUACAGAAAGUUCCGUCUCCAAUGAAAUCUGCCUUGAAGAAGACUAAUAGUCGUACGUCUACUAGCUCCCAUUAUAAUGACCGUGGUAAUUCAAAAGCAAAUGAAGCUUACUUAUCCUUGGCAACAGCGGAAAAUACGAGGUUGAAUGCGCAACUGACUGGAGAUCCCCCUAGUCGCAGGUCUUCAGUAAGAAAGGCGAGACCAACUUCUAUGAUGACUCAAAAUAUCACAGACAACGGCGGACCAGGGCAACCCAGGACCAAACAUCUUUCCAUGCAGCCUUCCAUGCAGCAGAUGCAACCCCCUGCAAGAUCAAAGAAAAGGCCGGAUACGAGUAGAGUUGUAGCUGGUAGUGGGGAAGCUACAUCUAGAAAAUCAUCAAAGCACUCACAGUCCACAGAUAAUAUUCUCUACCCCAAGGAAUCACCAGCCAAGAGAUCAAGUUUUGAGAAGCAAAGGCCACAACAGAGCCAUUUAGGGUUCAAAAAACUGUCGCUGAGAGAAGAUGUUACAGAUAUCAUGUAUGAGCAGAGCUCCUUGAAUAAUAGAUUUCAUGGCAAUGACCCUCAAACACCAACAAAAAAACAAGAGCCUCCUCCUCAGACAUCACAGCAAGCACUUCAAUCCAUUUCAGGUGGUGCAUGGAAAUCCCGCUUUCACGAUUCGGACUCAGAGGAAGAAGGUGGACCUUUCAGUAGCGGUGGAAGUGGCUCCACUCAACCUAGUAGCACGGGUGGGGCUUUCUUAUUUAAAAGUAAGCACAGCGAUGUGAAACUGGCGCCUCCGCAACCUCACUUCAGCCAAGGAUCCUCUAGCGCACCAGCUUCCAAGCAUUCAACUCCCAACAAAAAAAUUAGUCAAAUGUCGCUAAGAACAUCAAGUAGCGUCAGCGAGCUUGGGCCACCUAAAGCAAGCAAUAAAGUGACUAGUAGAUACUUCAGUGAAACGUUACCGACUCCUCAACCUAUAUCGGAGCCCAAAAAGAAGAAUGGAUUUGGAAAGAAGCUUAAGAAAAUUUUUGGUAGGAAAAAGUAG